GGAAAACGUCAUGUUUGGAGUGACCCCGGAAUAUUUGCAUGCAUGAACAACGCUGAUUUCGAUGUGAAUUGGUUUAGCUGUAUACCGCUGGGCGCUGGUGUUAUAUAGGGACAGGCUAAACUCAGAUCUCUGUCUUCGUCUACUCAAUCUAACUCUGGUCCAGAACCUGUGUCUUUCAGUAUCGGAUGAUAGAGAGAAUGUCGGGAUCCACAGAUGAAACGAUGAUUACACCGGAAGAAGCCUUUGACUUCGUGCGUGAUGCCCUGUGCAUCCCUGCGCCGUCCACCAAGUUCGAGGCGAGUCCAAAGGACUUUCUUCAAGACCUCCUUAGAGCGUAUUUCCAUCACAUCCCGUUCCAGAACCUCAAAAAUAUUGCCACGCCCCACCGCAAGAGACAUGUUCCUACCGUAGCCGAGAUCAAGCAGGAUAUUCUUACCGAUAAGAUAGGCGGACUUUGUUACCAACAGAAUGUCUUCUUCUAUCUCCUCCUCCAAGCUUUGGGUUUUGAUGUCACGCUUAUCGCUUGCGACAUCGAAGAACCCAGCGACCAUGCCGCCGUAAUCGUCCACAAUUUGACAAGUGAGGGCAGCAGGCAUUACGCCGACGUCGGGAACGGGAAUCCGUAUUUUUGCGCAGUUCCCUUCGACUUCAAGGACGAGUCACCUGUGUACCACGAGUCCUUCCUGCGUUUCAAGUUUUCCCGCCAAGAUGACGUCAUAUUUUGUUUGCAUCAAGUCGACGGUCACCCGGCCAAGCAGACCAUGGAAGCCUUUCCUGUCACCGAUGGUUGGUACCGAUUUAUCCGCAUUAAUUUCAAGAAAGGUGUCGAGGUAGCCCACUUUAAACCCAGCAUGACACCGAGAUAUGUCAGCAUUGAUGAUAUGCCUAGACAUUUCUUUCUAACCAGCCUCAGAUGCAUGGCGUUUCCUGACGGUCGCUUUGUUUGUAUCAGUAACACUACUCUAUUAAUAGAGAAUGAGCCUGGAUGCAUUUCGAAGUCCUAUUUCAGGUCUCGUAAAGAGAUCAAAGAGGCUUUUGCCAAAUAUUUCCCUCAGAUUUCACAGUCAAUGCUGGACGAAGCCAUGAAUGAUGAUUAUGUCAAGUUAGAUUACAAAAAGGGGAUUUUGUAAAUACGUCAUUAAAUCUGCUUAUGAUUUUUGUUUUAUUAAUUAUUAAAUCAUAGAGAGAGAGAGAAAGAGAAAAAUGGGGGGGGGGGGAAGGGUGCCUGAUAUUCCAUGUUAUGUAACCACGAUAAACGAUGUCAAACAUAAUUAAUUUAUGAACUUUCUUUGAAUUUCAGGUAACAGUUUUACGCUUUUAUUUCAUGGAGUAGUCGGUCUUAUUAAUUAAGUGUUAUAAUUCGUACUUACUUUUUACAUAUUUUGUUAUAUUGUAUUAUUAAAAAUAAGCACGGUAUGUAUCUAUCAAGAGUUGUAUAGUAAUUAGACAGGGUUUAUUUUAAACCGAUUUGUAUAAUAGAUUUCUUUACGCAAUUUGAACUUUCAUGUUAUUUCUAAUCCAGCUUAUUGCUGCAAAACUUGUUGUCUAAUAAACCACUUUUGAUUGAAUUGAAUGAGAUUAAAAGUUUCUUUGCAUCAAUCUAA